AUCCUGGUCAGGAGGACAGGGGAAGCCCCUUUUACACGGCUCUUCCUUCAGGGAGGUGUGUUUCCUUUAAACUGGGUGUGUUCCUCCACAAUGACAGUAUUUUAUUUGUUUAUCACAGUAUUUAUAGUACUGACAGCAUUAAGAAAAAUUCCUCAGUCAUUUCUAGGUAGGGAAACACCCAGUGACUGAAAACUGAGAAACUUAGCUCGGUUCUUUGGCCCGAGGGAGCCAUGGCUGCUGCUGAGAAACCCAUAAAGGAUCUCUGCGAUGAAUCCACUUGCUCCAUCUGCCUGGAGUAUUUCCAGGAUCCAGUGACCAUCCCAGAGUGCGGGCACAACUUCUGCCGAGCCUGCCUGAUCCAGUGCUGGGUGGAAUCGGAGGCAGAGGCUUCCUGCCCUCAGUGCAGAAGAGCAGUCCAGCAAAAUAAUCUCAUCCCCAACCGGCAAUUGGCUAACUUUGUGGAAAUAACCAAGAAGUUCAGUCUCCAAAGCGGGGAGGAGGAACAAGGAAAGGGGAGAGUUUGCCAGAAGCACCAGGAGCCCCUGAAGCUUUUUUGUAAGGAGGAAGAAACCCCCAUCUGCAUGGUGUGUGACAGGUCCAAGGAGCACAGACAUCAUGAGGUGAUCCCUCUGGAGGAGGCUUCUCAGGAGUACAAGGGAAUAAUAGGUAACUGCCUGGAGAUUCUGAGGAAAGAGAAAGAAACAAUUCUGAAAUAUGACGCAGACCUGGAGAAGGAAAACCAAGACCUCCUUAAAUUAACAGAAACUCAGAGGCAGAAGACAGUGGAGGAAUUCAGACAACUGCGCCAAAUUCUUGAAAAACAAGAAAAAUGUCUGCUGAAUGAGAUAGAACAGAUGGAGGAGGAGAUUGCAACGAGAUGGAAUGAGCACCUGGCCACACUCUCCGGAAAUCUCUCCUCUCUUGAAAGUAUCAUCCAGGAAAUGGAGGAGAAGAGUCAGCAGCCAGCGAGUGAACUCCUGCAGGAUGUGAGAAGCACCUUGCAGAGGUAUGAGAGAAGAGAGAGACUGGCGAAUGCACUUUCUUUCCCUCUAAAGCUAAAAUGGAAGACCUGCAGAUUCUGUGAUACAAAUCUCCUUCUGGAGGACAUCGUGAAAGAAUUCAAAGAUGCUAUGUUAUUCAAACUACAGUUUCAGAAAGCAAAUGUCACUCUGGAUCCAGACACAGCCCAUCCCAGCCUCAUUCUGUCCAAGGAUCGGAAAAAUGUGGCAUUGGGAGGCAAAAAGCAAAAGCUUCCUGACAAUCCUGAGAGAUUCAAUACCUUUCAAUCUGUGUUGGGACAUGAGGGAUUCACAGAAGGCAGACAUUUCUGGGAAGUCACUGUGGAAAGUGGGGAAUGGUGGGAUGUCGGGGUCGCCAGGAAGUCUGUGAGGCGAAAGAGUUGCUUCUUCUUAAGCCCUGAGGGAGGGUUCUGGGCUUUGGGGAAUUGGGGAGGCGAGUACUGGACCCGUACCUCCCUUGAUUCUUCUCCUCUGUCCCUGAGUGAGAAGCCCAGGAGGAUCCGAGUGACUCUGGACUAUGAAGGGAGGGAGGUGUCUUUUUAUGAUGCCGACUCAGGAGCCGAACUCUUCGUGUUCUCAGGAGUCUCGUUCUAUGGGGAGACCCUCCUCCCUCUCUUUUGUCUGUUGCAUAAUAAAACCCACCUCAGGAUCUCCUGAGGAGACUAAAUCUCCCUCACAGGCCCAGUUGGAGUUUGUCUCCAGACUGGACUGACUGAUAUAAAAAUAAGCAUUUACCACUCAAGAGCA